UCACACUUCAACAGUGCUAGCAUGCCUUCCCGCAUCGACUACUACUCCACCUCCAACGGCAGUGACUAUGCCCAGAACCGCAAGAGCACUGCCCUACACCCCCCUGUCGACCCCGCUGUUUAUAACGGGCAUGCCUCUCCUUCAACGGACAGGAAUCCCGAACUUUUGGCCAAGUUCGUCGAGGCGUACGACGAACUGCAAGCCUACAGGGAAGGCAAGCCAGUAGUCGUUGACGGUCAUACCCUCAGCAUCCCCGCAGUUGCAGCUACUGCUCGCUAUGGAGCUGCUGUGACUCUCGACGAGAAGCCCGAGACACGUGAGCGCGUUCUACAGAGUAGACGCGUGAUUGUGGACAAGGUCAACACUCAGCGCAGCGUGUACGGAGUCAGCACAGGAUUUGGCGGAAGCGCCGAUACCCGCACAAACGACCCUCUCCAGCUCGGCCAUGCUCUCCUCCAGCACCAGCACGUGGGUGUAUUGCCGUCGCAGACCGAAACCCCCCUUCAGGCCUUGCCCCUAGGCGAUCCGCUCGCUACGACGAGCAUGCCAGAGGCCUGGGUCCGGGGCGCUAUCCUUAUCCGCAUGAACUCGCUCAUCCGCGGUCACUCUGGCGUCCGCUGGGAGCUUAUCGAGAAGAUGGGUGAGCUUUUGCGGGAGAACAUCACACCACUUGUUCCCCUGCGUGGCAGUAUUUCAGCUUCCGGAGAUCUCUCCCCUCUAUCGUACAUCGCAGGAACUCUCACCGGUAAUCCGGCGAUUCGCGUCUAUGAUGGCCCUGCAUCCUUUGGGGCGCGCCGCAUUCUUCCCUCGAGCGUUGCGCUGGCCAGCCACGGCGUUGCUCCGAUCCCCCUCUCUUCCAAGGAGCACCUCGGUAUCUUGAACGGCACUGCGUUCUCUGCGUCCGUCGGUGCGCUUGCCCUUAAUGAGGCCGUUCACCUCUCGCUGCUCGCGCAGGUCUGCACAGCGAUAGCCACCGAAGCCAUGAUUGGCACCGUCGCCUCCUUCGACCCUUUUAUCCAUGACACCGCCCGUCCGCACCCUGGUCAGGUUGAGGUCGCACGCAACAUUAGGGCACUCCUUGAGGACUCACAGAUGGCACUCAGGCAUGAAGACGAGGUCCACAUUGCCGAAGACGAGGGCGAGCUUCGUCAGGAUCGUUACCCACUCCGCACUUCGGCACAGUUCCUUGGACCCCAGGUCGAAGAUAUCCUCUCUGCACUGGAUACGGUCACGCUGGAGUGCAACUCGACCACAGACAACCCCCUCAUCGACGGUGAGACCGGCACUGUGCAUCACGGUGGCAAUUUCCAGGCCAUGGCUGUCACCAAUGCCAUGGAGAAGACUCGCUUGUCUAUUCACCAUAUUGGCAAGUUGCUCUUUGCCCAGUGCACGGAGCUCAUCAAUCCGAUGAUGAACCGCGGACUGCCGCCCAACCUCGCCGCCACCGACCCGUCGCACAACUACUUCGCCAAGGGUAUCGACAUCCACCUCGCCGCGUAUGUCAGCGAACUUGGAUACCUCGCGAACCCGGUCUCGUCGCACAUCCAGUCUGCCGAGAUGCACAACCAGGCCGUCAAUUCGCUUGCGCUCGUCUCGGCUCGUUACACGAUCACUGCGCUCGACGUGCUCUCUCUGCUCACAGCGAGCUGCCUCUACGUGCUGUGCCAGGCACUUGAUCUCCGCUCAAUGCACCACGACCUCCAGUCCUCGUUGUCGGCUAUCGUUCGCGAGCUUCUGCCGAAGCACUUCCCGUCUGCGGCCAAGCACGCGGACGUCCUCCUGCCGAUCCUCGAGCGUGCCGUCUUCCGCUCUCUCAAUGCUACGAGCACCGCGGACUGCAAGGCGCGCAUGAACAGCGUUGCUGCGUCCACCACGACGCCGCUGGUCGACUUCCUCUCCGCUGACGCCACCUUUGCCGCCGAGCUCGCGCACAUCACCGGCUUCCGCGCGGAGCUCGCGCAGCGCGCUGCGGAGACGCUGAUGACCCUGCGCGUACAGUACCUCGAGGGCGAGCGCGGCUCUGCGCCCGCAAGCAAGUACCUCGGCAAGACGCGCGCGGUGUACGAGUUCGUGCGCGUCACACUCGGCGUGCGCAUGCACGGCAUCGAGAACUUGCAUGGCUUCGAGAUGGGUCCUGGUGUCGAGGACGGCACGAUCGGCGGCAGUAUAUCCCUCAUCCACGAGGCCAUCCGCGACGGCAAGAUGCAGGGUGUCAUUAUGCAGCUCGUCAAAUCGCUCAAGGCGGGCGAGGUGUAGAGGGCUGAGCUUGAUGUUUGCGGGACUUGGACUUUUCUUUUCUUUUCUUCGGCAAUGUAGUAAUUAGAGGACUUGGAUGUAUCAUUAUGUGCCACCUACAUGUAUAAACACUAGACCAAUAUUUAGUUUGUCACAUCAUGGAUACCCCUU